UGCUUAUCAGCAUGCUGUUUUCUACUCAAAUGCAUCCACAGAGGACAGGUAUUACCUACUCAGUUUGAAUCAUUACUUCAUCAACACCACUGCAAUAGAAUUAUUUUGAGGUUUGGACUGCGGCAAUGGCCUAUCAUAGUUACGGAUCAUAGAUUCGCACAAGGAUGGGAUGUUUUUUGUGAACACAACAUUGUUAAAAGGCAUGACACGCUAUUACUUCAACAUAGCGGGAAUCUAAUAUUUGAUGUCAUUCACUUUUGUGAAUUGCAAAAACAAGUUCUUUUGCCUUGGACCGUUCCCCUACCAGACCUGUUGCACAUGAAUGCCAUUGCAUCAAGAGAUGAUAUCCACAUGGCCGCUGGACAGCAGCAAGUUGCUUCCUCGCUGAGGCCAAAUUUCUGUCAAGAUCUAUCUGAUUCGGUGUGCUUUUAUCAAAUCUUUAACUCGGCAACUCCAAACAGUUUGAAAAUUCCGCGUUUUAUUGUUCACUUCAUCAAUGGUAUCAAGACUCCCAUGUUACUUAUCAACACUGGACACAGAAGUGCUCAAAUUGGUGUAAAGCAUAAACGCCUUCACCAAAACUGGAGAGAUUUCGUUCUUCAACAUCAAUUGCAGCACAACGAAACUCUUGUCUUUGUUCUGGAAUCUGAAAAUAUAUUUACAGUUUUGAUCUUCGAUGAUACCGGAGUUGAAAAAAAUUUUCCUUGGUAUCACACAUUCAAUGUUUAUUCGGAUGCUUAAUGAGUUUAACUGAA